AUGUUUCAGAAAGAACUGAUUAAAUCAUUACCAAUAAAUAAUGAUUUUUUACGACAUGUACAAUGUCUUCAACCUUUGGCACGAAAGGAACAAUCUUCUAGAACUAGUAUCAUGUAUCUUGCACGAGAUCUUCCACAUUUAUUAACUAAUGAAGAAGUAGAUCAAGUUGGUGCUGAAUGGCGUGUUUAUGAAAUGGCUGAUAUACCUGAAGAUUGGAUUAAAAAAAGUACCAAUUCGUUGAACGACGUUGUUGAAUAUGUACCAAUUGCUAAAUAUUGGUAUCAUGUUUUUUCUAUUCGUACAACAAUUGGUACACCACAAUAUGUAACAUUAACUAAACUCGUCAAAUGUUUGUUGUCUUUAUCACAUGGAAAUAGUGAUGUGGAACGAGGUUUCUCUCAAAACAAUCAUCUUGUAUCUGAUGAACGUUCAUCUUUAAACGAAGCAUCUAUCAAUAGUUUACGAGCUACAAAUGCUGGUAUUAAAUUCUUCGGUGGUGGAAAAGUUCAUUUGGUACCAGCAACAUCUGCUUUACUUUCGAAUGUACAAGAAGCACAUUCACGUUAUGUAAAAGAUACUGAAGAACAACAAAAAUUAAUUAAAAACAUUGAUAUUGUUGAUGGAAAACAUGCUUCUGAUGCUGAACAUGAACGAUUAGAAGAAAACGAAAUAGAAUUGUUAAAUGAACAAAAUAAUUUACAAAAGGAAUUAAUGAAUGCGACUAAAAUGCUGGAAGAAGGGAGUACAAGACUUGCCACAGCUUUGAGCAAUAAGGCAUUUGAUGAUGUUAAUACAGCUGAAGUACUUAUAACAGCUGCUAAUGCUAGAUUAGCUGUUUUGAAUACUCAAUUAAUUGAGAAUAAUGAAAACUUAAACCGAAUGAGAAAAAAACAGAAAAAAUGA